UACUUUUUGUUUUUUUAUCUAAACAAUGUAAUUUUUAAAUGAUUAUAUUUUUUGUGACAUACAAUAAUGAACUUAAACAAGAUCAACAUUUUUAUCGGACAGACAAAUGUUGGAUUCUAAGUAACAUCGUUAAGCAGCAUCAGUCUUCAGUGACAGUUGAGCUAGGAGCUUCUGUUACACUGGAGUGUCUUUUACGACAGACCUACCCCAACAGUGCCGUCAACUGGUUCAAACAAGUCCAUGGGCAAUCACCUACACUCAUCGGAUCAGUUGAGAAAAAUAUAUCUUAUUACAAUGAGUUUAAGAACAAUGAACGUUUUUCAAUAGCAAAAAGAGAAAAUAAUUUAACGUAUUUCACCAUUUCCAAUAUUCAGUGGUCGGAUAUCGCCAGCUACUAUUGUGGAAUAGUAAGGUUCAAAACUGUGAUCUUUGGGAAUGGAACUUUCAUACAACCUAAAGCCAACGAGACCGCAGCUGAGAAGCCAAAUCCAGGGCCAUGUGAAGGGUAUGGCCUUUUAACAGUCCUGGCUCUGGGUGGCGUGAGUGCCGUGCUCUUGAUAAUCAUCGUUGUCCUUGUUUACCAACUGAACAAGAGAAGAAGAUAUAAUCACAGUACAGGACAUGUUUCUGAAAAUACCCAUCAGGCUUCUCAUUCCCAGUCUCAUGAUGAUCAGAGAGGAAGCAGUGAUGUGCUCACGUAUGCUGCCCUGGAAUUUUACCAGAAUAAUCGGAAUACUGGAAAAAAGAGAAGAGAAAUGAGGAAGGAAUCGGAGCAUGUCUCAGAGUAUGCUGCUAUUAGAACUCUGGCCAGAAGAUAAGACAUAUAAUAGACCACCUCAGAUAUAGAUGAUGAGAGUUACAGUAGAUCCAGCACAUUUGAGAAAAAAGAUCUGAAACAAAACUGCAAAUCUGCAAUGAA